UGUGGUUCUGACUACUCCCACACAGCACUACGUGAACCCUAAUCUUCAGCCUUCUCCAGUCCAGGAGAGUAAUGGUCAAAGCAGCUCACCUCAGUACAUCAUAGUAACAAUUCCAGGUGAGAGACUACCUUAGGAGUGACUGAUACACACAUACACAUACACACACCAGGAUUCAACAUUACCAAUGAACUCGUAGCCCAGGCAUGUUGACUGGUCAGCUGCCAAUGUUUGGAUAAUUGGCUAGAAUGAAGCUUCACUAAUGAGUAUUUUUUUCUCACAGUCAGUAUCUUUAUGUUAAAAUGCCAACAAAAGUCUUGUUGAAAAUGAAGAUAAAAUUGUUUAAAUGCAAAGGAAAGUGAUCUGUUGCUCUACUUCCAUCCACCGGCAGUUAGUUUUACACAGUCAAACCACUGCUGAAUUAAGAAGUGAAGAAAUGAAAAGAAAAUGAAAACUGUCUGUGUGCAGACACUGUUUACUAUAUAGUUGUGAAAUGUAUAAAUUUCACAGAUUUCUUGUAAACUUUGUUGAAGGCUGACAGCAGUGUUCCAUCCCUCUCUGGCAAUGAUUAGCACAGCAUGCAGGGUUGAGUGUUAUUUAGAUUAAACUAGUAUAAUUUUUUUUUUCGCCACGUGUCUGUUGGAUAAAGUCUCUAGACAGCUGUGUUACAUAGUUUGUCUACCAGAAACUGGAUUAAUAUGCUUAUGUGGAAGCAAAUGGGUGAUAAAUUUCUUGCAGCAGCCCCUCUUGUACCUACUGGCAUCUCUACUUCAGACUCUGGGUGCAGCUGUUUUUUUGUUUUGUAGAAAUGUGUGGAGCCAAUUCUAGAUUGAGCACUAGGCUGUAUGAUCAGAGGAGAGGUAUUUAUCCCAUAAAUCUGUCCCUAAUGUUUCAGAUGAAUACUGGCUUGGAUUCAAGCUUUUUGAUUUGGACAAGACAAUUAGACCCUCAAAACACAUUUUAUUAACAGAAAAAAACUACUCCUUGAAAAAACACUGAGAAUCACUAGAUUUAGUAUCACACACUUAAUGUUUUUUUUACAACUACAGUGACUCUUUGCUUGUCUUUAAAUGCGCUCUCCCAGAUGCUGUUUGUGGAGGAAGACUCAUCACUUUGUCACUCUGUGAAUGAACUGUGUUGUUGUACUUGAAAGAAAGAGGGAAUUUCCUCCACAGAAAUGAAUAGCUGGGUGAGGCAUGUAAAACACAAGGCCUUGUUCACCUUUUUUUGCAUUUCAAAUCAAUGUUUUAAGCUCAUUACAUUCGCAAACCUCAUGCUCGUGAUCUGGUAUUUAUGCAGUGCUUUCCUAGUCCCACUGUCUCCUCAAAGACUCGUUACACUUUAAGCCAGAUUGAGUCAUUCACACGCAUUCAUACAGCACUAUAUUCUAUGCACUUUGAGCUCUUUACCUAAUACACACUCACAGACUACUAAUGGAUGCAUCUUUGGGAUUUUACUAUCUUGGCCAAGGACACUUUGAUAUGUGAAGUUGAGGAGCCGGGGAUCAAACCACUAAACUCCCGGGCUAGAACCGCCCAGAUAUGUGGCAGACUUUGGCUUGCUCGUGGGUAUUUGAAUAACAGAACUUCUAUGAAGGGAUGUCAGUGCAUGUGUGUUGUACAAACACUAAAAACAUAAUGCUUGGAUAUCCAAGCAUUAUGUUUUUACACAGAAAAUGAGAUUUCAAUCUCAAUUAGAAUACCUAGAGCAUAAUAUCAGAAGUAAUAAUAAUUAUUCCAUUAAUAAUAAUAAAUAAUAAUUUUGCAUUGAUGUUUCCUGAUCACCCAUCAGUCUUAUUACAGAAGAUUUCUGUCAUCUCUUGCUAUCUCUUUAAGAAAGAAGAAGUCAAACCAAUAUCUAAUACCUUUUUUCCAACGAAGCAGCACUGGUGCCUACUGUAGAACCGGUUCCACACAUUUCCCCUGUGGGGAAAAAAAAUAAAAUAAAAAGGUGUUAGUGCCAAAAAGCUAGUACUGGCAAGACAUUACAUAAUUCCUGUUCCCAAGAAAAAAAACAAAACCAGAAAUUUUUGGGUUGGGAUGCCACAAAAGUUGUAAAUUAUAGUAGCAAAUGUACAAAAUUAGACAUUAGAAAUGAAGGUAACUGACGUAAGAUGGAUUAAUAACACUUUUGAACUUAGUACUUCUUAUCUAGGAAAAGUUCAAUCAGCCAUGGCUUAUUUUAAAAUGUAUUCUAUUAAAUAAAUACAAAAGCUUAGUCAAAAAAACCUAAUCGGUAUUUUAAAAAAUUAUGCUAACUAGAGGAAAUGAAAAGAGACCCCAGUGUCAGUGCCCAUCUGUAUGUUUAUUUUAGGGCCUUCUAUUUGUAGAUCUUUUUUCCUGCCAGUAUCAGGUGACGCUGUGCCCUCUCACCCAGAGUGAGAGCCUCACAGGCCUGUUGCCUGGGGCUUGUCUCUGCCUCAUAAAUUAGGAAUACAAAGUACACAAUGUAACAGUAUCUAGAACAUGGACUACAGUAAAAAGAACAGACUUUGUGCAUGUUUGUUUUCUGUAUUUCAAUUUUUUGAUAGCUUGUUGGAAAUAUAGUUUAAGAUUUCUAUAACAUGAAUAAUAUUAUGCAGUUAGGGGCAUAAGUAUUUAGUGACUGACACAUUUUGUGUAAUUUAACAAAAAAACAAAACAAAAAUCGUAUUAACUCUUUGAGAAUUAUAGCCAUUUUUUCACACACCCUUCAGAGGCAUAAAAGUAAUUGGACAAACUAAGACAGUUUUAAAAAUAAGGACUGUUUUCUAAUACUUGGAUGUGAUCCUAUCCUGCCAAUGGCCGCCUGAAGUCUGGAACUGCAGCUGCCUUCAGCUGUUCGUGGAUCUCCCUGCAUUCAUUAUUUAAUAACAGAAAGGUUGCUCUGUUUGGGUCGAGGUCAGGUGACUUGAUCAUUGAAAAAUAACCCAUUUCUUUUCCUUGAGAAAUUCAUACUGCUUUUGCAGUAUGCUUUGGGUCAUAAUCCACAGCACUAUGGUCAUUUGCACUGCGAAACCCCGUCUGAUUAGUUUUGCAACAUUUGGCUGAAUCUGAGCAGAGACUAUAGCCCCGUAUGCAUCGUUAUUUAUCCUGAUACUUUUCUCAGCAGUCACGUCAUCACUAAACACUAAUGACUGGGUUCCACUGUUUGAUAUAGAUCCCCAUUCCAUAACAUUAUCUUCACCAUAUUUAACAUAUAAUGUCGUAAGCUGCCGAACAUGAGCUAUUUCUCCAUUCCUCCAGACUUUUUUCUUCACAUCAUUCUGGCACACAUUAAUCUUGGUCUCAUCUGUCCAAAGAACUGUGUAGGCGCUUGCUUUCUGUCAAAGUUUAAUGUGGACGUCUUGUUCUUGAAUGUAUUUUGUGGUGUGCACUUUGUUGUAAGCUCUCUUAAAUGUAGACGUUUACUCUUUGAGAGUGCUCUUGAGUUAGAUAUUUUGAAGCUGGAACCAAGGAAUGAAUUCUGUGAUCAUCCACUGUAGUGGUCUUUCAGGUCUUUUGUUGCUGCUGACCUGGCAAAAUCAGCCCUCCUUUCUAAGAAAGCACCAUAUUGUUAAUUUGAUGACUCCUAACGUUUUUGCUGUCUCUCAGAUAGGUUUAUUGUGGUUUUUCAGGUUAAGGAUGGCUUCCCAUGCUUAGAUUGACAAGUAGACCUCAUGUUGAAUGUUCCAGUAAACAGUUGCCUAAGCAGUUUCAGCACAGUUAAUGAAUUUGUCAUGCAAUAACAAGGAACUGUCUUCACCUUUCCAUUAAAUUGCUUCCAAGUUGUCCAAUUACUUUUCUUUUUUAGGUGUUGAAAAUGAUUUAUACAGUCAUGGCUGUACGGUUAAUACAGUACUUUAAAAAAAAAAAAAUCAACUGAAAAUCUGCACCUCAGUCAUAGCUUGAUUUUUUGAUUUCAUAUCCAUUGGGGUGGUGUACAGAGGCAAAUUUACAAAACUUUUGGCAUUGUCCAAAUAAUUAUGAGUCAUAAUAUAUGACUAGAUGUUGUUUUGCACUGUAAGGUUUAGAUGGUGUUUCUUAAAUGUUGCUUCAGUCUGGUCUAGAACAUAACAUUUACAUUUUCAUUAUUCAAUAGUUAACAAUAUAGCUGUAAAACGAGAAAAUUUUUUUUUUUAUGGUCCUUGUAACCUUCAGGUUGUAUAAGCUUGGAUUAUUGGUAGGUGAUUGAAAAAAUAAAAGCAAAGUUCUCUAACAAAUAACUGACUUAUCAACUGUACUAAUUAUACCAAUUGAUGAAAACAAUAGAAUUCUAAAGUGGUGUGUUUGGGCUGGGGUUGCAAACAAGCCCUAAACCAGGUUAAACAACGCAAGCCAUCCUUUUUACACAGGAUUGACAAAUCUUGUAUAAAUGUAUCCACCAAACCACAGACAGACUGGAUUUAUACUGUUGCACCAAACACAGGUGACUAGUUAGCUGUCAGACUGAUGUUGUUGCCUGAAUAAAAAACUUUUUCUUGUAAAAUGGGAGGUGAAAUUGUGAUCAGAGUUAUCAUUUACAAGCACCUAGGCCAGAGCGUUUAGCUAUAAUAAUGUAAAAUUCAACUGAGUGGUACAUUGGGCAUUAGUCAGCUAUGACUUGACCAAAGUGUAGUUACUGGUAGUCUAUUUCUACAGUGUUCAACCUUGGUUGGAGUAAGAGCAUCACAACAGGAGUAACAGUACAGGUGGUUAAAGUAAAACGUUUUCUCACCCGAAAAAUAAAAACAAGUGAAUAUUGCCCUCUCCUCCACCCAACCUCCGUUCUCUAUUUUCUCCCGCUGUUGUCAACCCACACGUAUCUCUCUUUUUUCCCCUCUCAUCUGAUCUCCAUGUUUACAAGAUGGAGGGAUUUCUCUCUCCAUCUGGGGAGAUUAGCUGUCCAAGGCUGUCCCUUCUGCAUACAAGAUAUAAGGAUGAAAUGAGAAUUGGACAGACACACUUCUCCUCCUCCUCACUGUCCAUCUUUCCUCAAUAGAGCAAAAAAAGAAACUUGAUUGCGAGAUGUUCUGUGGUGGCUGUUAUUACGAUUUGGAACCAGUCUGUCAUGACUCUGUGCCCUCCAGUGACAGUUUGUCAGACUCCAGCCCGCCCGCCCCUGGUGUACCUACUCAGGUGGUCCAAUCAGUGCAGACCACCCCACAGAGGUCAGUGUUGCAAGCCGUGUCUCAGGCAGCCAAGAGGAAUCAGACAGGCCACGUCAACAAUCUACAGUCUGUGCAUAUAACCCCAGAGGUAGAGCAUGUGUACUCUGGCCAGAUCCAAUAUGUGGAUGGAGCAGGAGAUGCAACUUUCACCACACCCACCAUUCGACCGAACAAUUACCCCUUCUCCGAGUCGCCCCUGUAUUCCCAGACACCUCCUACGUCCGCCUCCACCUUUUACGAGGCCACGCCCAGCUCUGAGUCAGACAUCACUGGAUCUGUGACUUCACAGCCAGUUUCUGUGGCAACAGCAGGAGCCAGCAGCACAGCAGCUGCUGCAGGUGGAGGUGGUUACGUUAUUCAAGGAGGUUAUGUCUUAGGAGCAGGAGGAACUCCAACAGCAGGUGGAGGAGGAGGAGGACAGAGUUACUCCAGCCCCAACUCUCGUGCCCCACCUGCUACCGUGCAGUGGCUCUGUGAUAAUUACGAGGGGGCUGAGGGGGUGAGUUUACCUCGCUGCACCCUCUACUACCACUACCUGCUUCACUGCCAGGAACAGAAACUAGAACCUGUUAAUGCUGCAUCUUUUGGAAAACUCAUCAGGUCUGUCUUCAUGGGGCUGCGUACACGGAGAUUAGGAACCAGAGGGAACUCUAAGUACCACUACUAUGGUCUGAGGAUCAAAUCCGGGUCACCUCUGCUCAGACUGAUGGAUGAACAACAGCACAUGGCGAUGAGGCAGCAGCCUUUCUCACAGAAAAACAGGGUAAAGCCAGUUCAGAAGUCACAGGGGAUCACCAACGGCACAGUAGGCGGGAUAGGUCAACAGCAGGGCUCGACACUUUGUGACAUUUCGGCCCAGGUGCAACAGUACCAGCAGUUCCUAGAGGCAUCAAAGCAAUUGCCAGACUUUGUGGAAAUUGAUCUUCAAGAUCGAACCCUGCCCGAUGGGAUCCUUUUAGAGCACCUCAAGGCCUUUCAGACUCUGUACAGAGAACACUGUGAGGCUAUUCUGGAUGUGAUGGUCAACCUUCAGUUCACUCUUGUUGAGACCUUGUGGAAAUCAUUCUGGAGGUUUAGCCAGAGCAAUGAUGCAGAAUCGCUCAACCUACACAACGAGUCUGAGAAGCGACUGCCCAAAUCGUGCCUGGUGGUGCUGUGUAAGUUUGAGCCAGUGCUACGCUGGACGAGAGAGUGCGACAACCUGCUGUACCAGACUCUGGUGGAGAUCCUCAUCCCUGAUGUACUGAGACCCAUUCCAAGUGCCUUAACUCAGGCCAUCCGCAACUUUGCCAAAAGUCUGGAAAACUGGUUGACAGGUGCCAUGAUGAACAUCCCAGAGGAGAUGGUUCGCAUAAAGGUGGUGUGCAUUGGCUCUUUCUCCCAGACGCUGCGUCGUUACACCAGUCUGAACCACCUGGCUCAGGCUGCCCGGGCCGUCCUCCAGAACUCAGCUCAGAUCAACCAGAUGCUCUCUGACCUCAAUCGGGUUGAUUUCAAUAACGUGCAGGAACAGGCAUCCUGGGUUUGUCAGUGUGAAGACCGUUUGAUCCAGAGGCUGGAGCAAGACUUUAAAGCGACUCUGCAGCAGCAGAACUCUCUGGAACAGUGGGCUACCUGGCUAGAUAGUGUUGUGUCCCAGGUCCUAAAGCCCUAUGAGCACAACCCUAUGGCCCUGCCAAAGGCUGCAAAGGUUUUCCUGCUCAACUGGUCUUUCUACAGUUCUAUGGUAAUCCGGGACUUGACUCUGCGCAGUGCUGCAAGUUUUGGGUCCUUUCAUCUGAUCCGCUUGCUGUAUGAUGAGUACAUGUACUACCUAAUCGAGCACAGAGUGGCUCAGGCUAGAGGAGAAACUCCCAUAGCAGUCAUGGCAGAAUUUGCCAGUACUGUCAAGAGCCGGACCUCUCAAGAUAUUGAAAAAGAAGAAGAGGAGGAGGAUGACGAUGAAUAUAGUGAGGAGGACACUGGAGAUUUGGUGCUGCAGUCCAGCUCUCUGAGCGCGGUUGAUGAUGAGAAGGAGGUGAUGGAGCCGCCAGUCAAACAGCCCAGGACAAACUUAAGCCUGCACACGCUCAAUGAGACCGACAGCACACCACCUUAGCUAAUCACCUGUAUGGUUAGCACAAUGCUUGACACAUGCCUUUGCUUUAAGUUUCAAAUCAUGUCAUCUCGUUCUGUUGCACCAUGUGAGCUUCUGGUUUGCAUGUUUGGUCGUCUGUGGUGAGAAAGUGGGAGGGCCUUUUGCCAAAUUUUCUCUGCUGUCCUGUUUGCGCUGCAGCCUUUAUGUUUACCUUCACUUUAUCAUUUCACAGUCCCCCCCCCCCUCGUUCCCUGUGCCUUCCCUGCCUUUUCAGUGGCUGCUCCUGCCCAGCCUGAAUUAUAUAUACGCAUAUUCUUGAUUCCCUCCCAUCCCGCCUUAACCACUGACCUGAUUGCUGUGGAGAGAUUCAUUGUCCUCUAAACUCAAAUAUCACUUUAAUUACCUUUAACACAAUGACUAUGCAGGGGAGCUGGACUUGAAUGAAUGAUAUUGUCUGAAAAAUAUAUUUGUUUAAGAGUAGCAUCUAGAAUGAUACUGCAUCAUGAAUUUUUGUUGGCACAUGGACGUUGAGUGAAAGGUAUUUGGCUUUAUAAAUGUGACUCCUUAUUCAUUUGGCCAACUAACUGAUACGCUGUGCCUUUUGAGAGAUUUCUAGGCUUAACAAAAAAAGGUUGUGCUCUAUAUAUUCUGUAUCGGUGGUUCAAUAAAUGAAGGUCCUGUGAAGUAGUCGUGGUGUUGUCAUGAACUUUUUGUAGCUGUUAAAAGAAAAAAAAAAAUUGAUCGUCUAGUUUUGUGAUGAUUCUGCCUGGUUUGUUUUUCUUCAUCCAUCCUUUCUUUCAUCAUCAACAUCUUUCUUUCACACAUAAACAUCCAGAUGACUCGAGUGCAACCCCCCCCCCAGCUUUUCCCACCUGAUCAGCUCCACAUAUUUUGCAAUCUUUGUACCAGCUAGAUGUACCAGCUAUCUCAAAGUUUUUGUAGUGUAAGAGUAGAUGUUUAUUUUCAGAAAGUGUGUAUGCUGGACGUUUGUAGAUAACUUAUAUUAUGUACCUUUUUGUGAACGCCGUAAUAUAUCCAAAAUAUUCGUAUGUUGUUUAACCAUUAUUGCCUUAAUAAGUAUGUCGUGGUAUGUCCACCAGCCAGAGUCUUGAGCUAUAUUUUUAUUGUGAUGAUGGACCAAGCAUGUGAGUAUGGUGACUUAAGAUUAACCCCCUCAAAGAGCACACGCUCAACCAGCAGCAAUGUGUGACUGUGGGACUGAGGGGAAAAGAAAUAAAAAUAUUAUAAUGGUAGUGGGAUGUCCCUCAGGACCACCUGAUUACAAAGAUGUCACCAAAGAACAUAACAAAGGAGAAAAAAAAAAGUAUGUUUACAUUUAUAUAUAAAUAUAUAUAUGUGAGAGCAGGCUACAAAAAUCUGACUCGAAUUAAAAUGAACCGCCAACUGCGAUGUCAUACAAACUGUGCCGUGGAUUCUGUCCCUUGCUUGUGCUGCAGAACCAUUUCUGAACGAGGUUCUUGCUGUUAUUCUGAAGACCUUUGUACUUAAACCUGUGAUCAAUGUUUGUAGCUUUAUUCUCACUGUUAUAACUAAAGAGAUGUGAUUGCUAUCAAAA